AUGAGUCCCUUUCAGAAUCUUGCUAAGUUCAUGGAGAGAAAGGAAGAGACAGAAAGGCUUAUUUUAAAGCGCAAACAGGAAACUUAUUUGUUAAAUGGGACAACAGACAGUGGAGACACGUUACAUCCUGAUAGAGUUCUUGGCCAAGCAACUGCUCGAGGCCUGUUAAAGACAUCUUCAACAUAUGAUGGGAAAAGUAAGACAAAAUAUAAACCAUACAGUCGAAAAGUAGUUCUUGAGUUUGAUAGACAAGAAAAAAACAGUACAGAAAAGAUGGAUAAUCCAAGAGAACCAGCAAAUCCCAAAACACAAGUCAACAAAUACAUUCAGACUCCAAAAAAUAUUCAAAGUGACAAACCUGAGACUUCUUCAAAAGUGCUCGAGCCAAAGGAAAUUGACCAGAGAACCAAAUAUUACCAGAAUUUGAGAGCGUCAGGGUGGAAGAAGGAUUUAUUGGGGAAUUGGGUCAGAGAUGAUGAUGCAGAGUUUGACAGUGAUGAAGAACCUCCGGAGGAAUAUGAAGUUAAAGUGAAGUGA